GAGGAAGGAAGGAAGGAAGGAGGGGGGCCCGGGGCGCUCCAGUGAGUGGAAAAAGAAAAAGUGCGUGCCGGAGAAAGCAUCGCAGAGAAAGAAGACUUGGCUCGGCCGUGGAGGAAGAGGAGGACGAUGACGACGAACUGGAGCUCGAGCGGACCGAGCGCGUAGCCUCGCCCGCCGCCGCUUCUUGGCCAUUUCUUCGCUGCCGUCAAGCGAGCGCCCCCCAGCUUCGGCCUGCCGCGGACCAACUUUUGCCCGCAUGAAAACAACUCAACGCGGCUCGGCCGAGCGGUGCGAACGAAGGCGACGAGCUGCCGCUGCCGUUUUCGUGUCUUUUCUUUUUUGCUUUGGUUUCGUUCGGGGCCACUCGGUCGGUUGAGGACAAACACUGCAGGACCGACGGGCUAACGCGGCUAAGCGGCUAAAAGCCCAGGCGGAAAAAAGUUGCCACUCGACGGGAAAAGUCAGCGAAGAAGCCCGCCGACGAGCGCAAUGAAGACCCCGGGCGACCCGGGCUUCGCCUUCCCCGAGUGGGCCUACAAGCCCGAGUCCAGCCCGGGCUCGCGGCAGAUCCAGCUGUGGCACUUCAUCCUGGAACUGCUGCGCAAGGAGGAGUACCACGACGUCAUCGCCUGGCAGGGCGACUACGGCGAGUUUGUCAUCAAGGACCCGGACGAGGUGGCCCGCCUUUGGGGCGCCCGCAAGUGCAAGCCGCAGAUGAACUACGACAAGCUCAGUCGCGCCCUCAGGUACUACUACAACAAGAGGAUCCUCCACAAGACCAAAGGCAAGAGGUUCACCUACAAGUUCAACUUCAACAAACUGGUUCUGGUCAACUACCCCUUCAUUGACAUUGGCUCUGGUCGCGGCGUCCCGCAGAGCGCCCCGCCAGUGCCCACGGGGGGCACCCACUUCCGCUUCCCCUCCUCCACUGCGUCGGACGUGCUGUCGUCCAGCGAGGAGCUUCGCAGUCCGGGCCUCUUCAGUAGCGUGGCGCGGCGCAUGGCCCGCGGUUCCGUCAGCGACUGCAGCGACGGCACCUCCACCAACUCGGAGCUGGAGGAGGCGACGGGGGCGGAAGAGCGGGGCAUGGGUCCCGAGAGGGCCUUCAGGGGGCUCCUCCCGCCCCGCCUGCCUCACGAGUCUCUCUUCAGGCUCUACGGCGCCGCCCCCAACCCGGCGGGGCUCCCCAGGCCUCACAGGGUCCACGCGGAUCCGUUGUCUCCCUUCCCGGUGUCCCCCCUGCCGGGCCCCGGAGGACUCCUGGCCCCGACUCUUUCCCCGGCCCUCUCCGUGACCCCCACCCCGCACCUGCCUUACACCCCCUCCCCGUCCCUCCCCUCCCCCAUGAUGGGCUCCCACUUCUCCUUCAACCCGGAGGACAUGAAGCACUACCUUCAGGCCCACACCCAGUCUGUCUACAACUACCACCUCAGCCCCCGCGCCUUCCUCCACUACCCCAACAUCGUCAUCCCGCAGCCCCACCGCCCCGCCCUGGAGAAGCCGGCCCCCCACCACCUCCACGGCCCGCCCCUGCCGCUCUCCCAUUCGCUGGGGGGGCAGCCGGGGGGGGGCGGCGGCGAGGAGGCCUUCAAGUUCAAGCUGCAGCCGCCGCCUCUCGGGCGCAAGCAGAGGGAAGCGGGAAGCUCGCUGGCGACGGCGUCGUCCUCUUCCUCCUCGGCGGGACAGUCCUCCUUGUUCACGGCGGCGCCCAAGAUCAAGGUGGAACCCAUAUCCGACAUAGAGUCCGAGGAGGAGGUGGAAGUGACCGACAUCAGCGAGGAAGACGAGCUGAACCCCGAGGAUGACGACAUCUUCGCACCUUUGUCCCAUCAUCAGCUCCACGAUCAUUCCAGGGCGAACGGCGGCCCCUGCGCCCCCCACCCGCAGCCGCCCUCCCGCCCCGACGGCGACCUGGACGACGACGACGACGACGACGACGAAGUCUUCAAGACUCCGGCCACCCCGCCUCUCGGCGCCGGGCACUCGCCGUUCCCGCUGCUCAGCCCGAAGACGGAGCCGGCGGCGCCCGUCAGCCCCGGCGGCACCCGCUGCAUCCCGCUCAAACUGCGCUUCAAGCGGCGCUGGAGCGAAGACCAAAAGAUGGAGGCGGAUGGCGAGCGGGACGAAGCCGAGGACAAGAAGGUGAGGGCCGAGGGGCGCGAGGAGACGCGGGAGAGGGAGGGGCCUGUGGACAACGGGGCCGGGCGGGGCCUGAUUUUGGGCCUGAUGAUGCCCCCGCCGCCCGCCCAGCGCCGGGCCAGCUCGGAGCUGCAGAGAGCCACGGCUCAGUUGUCCCUGGAGAACGCCGGCUGCUGAGAGUCCGAAGCUACAUGGCAACAUUUUUCUUAACUCUGCUCACAAUGUACUGUAAACGCAAUACGCGCACAAAAUGCCAACUUGUGGCCACCAAAUGGGUAUAAUGUGCGCACGAAACAAUUUGUUGGUUUCAUAUCAUCGUUCCCGUGAGCAACUUGGCGCUUCGGGUAAGAAAUUGGAGGAGAUCGUUUUCUGGCAUUGACCCCAAAAUGGCGGACUUCCUGUGUCAUUUCGUGCGUGGCUCCUGAAGACUUUCUUGUAGGUGGACUCAUGAUAGACGUGCCUACCAAAUUUCAAACUGGUUUCAGGAGCAGUUCGAUUUCGUUUUUAAUUCCAGGGGAUCCCUGGAAAUGAGUCCUACAAAGACCAACUGCAAUACGCGAUACCGCCAGCGGCACCGAAUGUUUUCUAGAAGUAGGUGCGCGCCGUUUGCUUGCCCAACUGUCAUGGAAUGAUGUGCGUUUUUAUUUUGUGUGCACAUACCUCAUUUGUGGCCACAAGUGUGUGGGCUUCUUCAAAACGAAACUGACAGUGCUUUUAUUGUACAAAAACCCUACAAAAUUCUUGAUAGAAUUGAUUCCAUCCACCUGAUUUCUCUAGUUCCACCUGCGGACUCAUUAGCUUUGAUUAAUUGGGGGAGGGGGGGGGGGGGAUAUAUAUUUUUUAAAUCACACCUGCAAAAUGUCAUUUUCCUCUACUUAGAAUUGACUCCAUCCACUGAGAUCUAGCUCCUUAAUGCUCCUGUCUCAUUAGUUUUGGUUCAUUUGAAAAUUAAAAAAAAUGUUGUUUUUUUUCCACCAUUCUCCCCCAACUCGCAGUUAGUUCUUUUUUAUUUUUUGGUACAAAAUUUUGGCUAAAUUUAACUCCAUCCUCGGGAUCUAGCGAUCUAGCAAUUUACACUCCUGAUUCGUUAGCUUUGAUUCAUUUGAGAGAGUUCAACCAAGAAUUUCGUAGGAUUUUGGACAAAAAAGCUUUGUCCUACUCCAUUUUUCAGCGGUGACCCAAAAAGCUUGAAAAAGCUCUUUUUAUUUUUUUUUUUUUUUUUUUUUUUUUGUACAAACUCCUACUUAAGUCUUGGUCGAACUCGUUGUAUCCGCUAUGGUUAUUUUUUUUUUAAGAUUUCAAUUCGUACGCUAGUUACAUAUUUUUAAAUCGCCAUGUCGCCCCUGAGAAAUGUCACUUUUCCACUCAUUAUCGUGCUUCAUCUUCACCAAAUCCUACCUGUGUUUCACUAUUCCGUGGCCACAAGUGGUCAUUUUGUGCAUGUGUUAUAUCUGCAUUGUGGCCCCAAUUUUGGGGCGGGGUCACACACUCCUCCAAGGACGACACGUUUGGCCGAUCACAGUCAAAUAAAUGGCUGUCAGUCGUGAGCAGCAAAGGUCAUCGGACCCUUUGGGGGCAGGUGGCGAGACCUCGUUCGGUUGAUUUGACAGAAGUGCUUCGUGGCGGUUUGCAAGAUGGCUUCCAGACUGAAGAGGAAUUCCUGGCGUCGCGGCCGGGAACAUUCCGGACUUUACGGAACCGCUUCUUCCUGGACGGCGGGGACGUUUGAACACUUUCAGGAAGUGACUCAGACUCGCCGGCGGCCAUGUUGAGCUGGCGGGGCGGACAUUUUGUCCUUUCUGCUUACUAAGAAACUUUUGAAGAAAGCGUUUUUGGAGCUUUGGCGAAUCCCGUCGUCAUUCCCGUCGUUUCCAAAGACUCCCGGCUUAGCGUGUCACUGUGUUUUUUUGGGGGGCAUUCUGCUUCGCCGAACCUCUUUUUUUGUUUUUUCUCUUUUUUUUUUUUUUACUGGCAACGAGCCCGGGGGACCGACAUGGCUUUGUGGGAGCGCCGCUGCCGCGAAUGUCAAAAGCGAAACUCAGGCAGAGAGCUUAUUUUUCAUGACUUCAAAAAUUAUAUUUCCAAUUUAAAUCCAAUCAAGCGUGCCUUUGAAAGCACCAUGUGCCAACAUGCCUUCUGUUUUUAAACAUCAAAUUACACAUACCAUAUAUAUUUUUGUCAAAAAAAAAUAUAUUUCAAUAUGGUCAUUUGAUACAAAUCGGCAAACAAAGCUUAUUUUUCAUGCUGAAGAUGUGUGUGUUUGUGUAUGUGUGUGUGUGUGUGUGUGCGUGUUUGUGUAUGUGUGUGUGUAUAUAUAUAUAUAUAUAUAUAUAUAUAUAUAUAAAAUUGUAUAUAACGGCCAUUGUAUUAGCACAUCUUUGCCUUCUCCGCGCAGCAAAACGGCGCCAUCAGAGUUUAUAUUUAAAUUGUUCCAAAUUGAAUAGACCGUUAGGAGCCCGCGUCAACAUGAAAACAACGCAUACAUAAUUUUGGCCCAAAGCUGGCGCCAUGCUCUGAUUGGCUGAGACUUGGACUGCGAAUCAACACACACACACACGCACGCACGUGUAAGAUGACAUCACAGACAAGAUGGCCAUAGAAACGACACACACACCCUUUCCACAAACACACACAGGAAAUGACAACACUAAACCUCAGCGCAGCGUGGAGAGAGCGGGACUUCCCAUCGCAGGACUCGCUUAGUGUGUGCGUGCAUGUGUGUAUGCUAGAGUGUGCGCGCCUAGCUGUAUAUGUGUGUGAGGGAGUUUGUGGCAGUGUGUGCGUGUGUUUGUUCGUGUGCGUGUGUUGGAGUUUGUGAGUGCGUGCAUGUAUUGGUUUCCACAGUUCCACACACGAAGCCAACUGCGGUCUUGCACGUUUUCGUCAUUUUGGUGGGAGAAUACGCCAUUUUGACUCUUAAAAAUGUUAUUUUUUUGAAACAAAGCGGAUGAAACUUCGUACAUUGUGUAUUUUUUAAGUGUUUUUUUGUUUUUUUUUCCCAGUAGCAGACAGCGCCACCUGUGUCGGGUCAAGAAAUCAUCACACCUCCCCACAGACACAUAUUACUGUUACUAUAGUAAUGAUAUUGUAUCGCAAUAUUAACCAGUUUAUUUCGUACAUACUUUUCGCUCAGCCGCUUGUUGCUUUUUUUUUGGUUCCAGUUUGCACUCUUUCUUUCUUUCUCUUUCUAGUGGACCGUUUUUUUUUUUUGUAACUUUUUUUCUAUUUUUUACAAGCGUGUAACCCAGGAAACUAUUGUUUUCUCUUUUUAAUUACUGUUAUUAAUGCUGUGUGUAUAUAUUUUUUUUCAUAUUUGGAGGCUUCUGUAAGGAAAAUGUGUUAAAAAAAAAAAAGAAACAAAAAAGAGCAUUGUAAUGUUCUUGACUGUGUUAUUCCACUCGUCGGCGUCUCCUCAGCUGCUGUCAAUCAAGAUGAUUGACAGCUUGGUGGAGGAGGGGGAGGCGACCGCUUGAAGUUUCUCUUUCUGUGUUUCAGCUUCACGUGUAAUUAAAACAAUAAUCAGGGUUCAUUAAAAAAAAAAAAGGUAAAAAUGGAUUGUUUCCUGUGUUUGUUUUGUGUUGGCGCCACCACGAGGUCUGUGGAGAACGUACAGCAGGCUCGGCUCAUGCGGCUAGCAUUGUGUUAGCAUCGAGAUAACAGCGUUAGCUACUCACGAAUGACACUUCUGAGGCAAAUGUUCAUUAUAAACUCACAAUAUGGUUCAUUUCACUGAGCUAAAUGCUAAUAUUAGCCAGCCACACUUGUAGUGCCAAUGUUCAGGACACUAUUUGCAGUGCCAGCAUGAUCUGCCGUGCGCUACUAGCUACAGCAACAACACUAGGACAAAAUACGUAGGUCGUACUUAUCCCUAAUCCGAACUCUAACCGUCACCAUAACCUUAAACCUAACACAAUUUUACAAGUGGACAUCUUUGCGGGUGUACCAUACCUAUUUUUCUUGUCCUUUUUGUCCUACUGUAGUCACUGUAGAUAGUUGUCAAAGAUCAAAGAUGGCCGACCUGUUGCGCGUACACACCUUAGAUAGUGCGCUGUUAGAUGCUAACACAAUGCUAGCAUUAGCCAAGAAUGCGUUCUGUCCAGAUCUCGCGGUGGUGCUAACGCUAGUUUAUUUCAGGCGUUUGGUGGUUUAAUGCUGCAUUCACCAUUAAAAACGCAAUAGAACCUUUAUGGACUUUUUCUUUUAGAUAGCCGCUUUAGCUUAUGAACAACACUUAAUUUAGGCUUUA